AUGGGGAAACAAUGUCAGGGUCUCUCUCUUCCUGACUUCAUUGAACCAGAAAUACCCGGGGGUGAACGAGUGCUUUGUUUUCAUGGACCUCUCCUUUAUGAAGCAAAGUGUGUAAAGGUUGCCAUAAAGGACAAGCAAGUGAAAUACUUCAUCCAUUACAGUGGUUGGAAUAAAAACUGGGAUGAAUGGGUUCCAGAAAGCAGAGUGCUCAAAUACGUGGAUACCAAUUUGCAGAAGCAAAAAGAACUUCAGAAGGCCAAUCAGGAACAGUAUGCAGAGGGAAAGAUGAGAGGUGCUGCGCCGGGCAAGAAGACUUCUGGUCUGCAGCAGAAAAAUGUUGAAGUAUUUUUCAGACGAGAUGGAGCGCAUACUGUUUGCUGUUUGGAGACCCCUACAAUAUCGACGCGGAAAACAAAAAAGAACAAACAGAAAACUCCAGGAAUUGGAGAAGGGAGCAGCACCAGUGAGACUCCUCAGCCUCCCAGGAAGAAGAGGGCUCGAGUAGAUCCAACGGUUGAGAGUGAAGAAACAUUUAUGAACAGAGUUGAAGUCAAGGUGAAAAUCCCCGAAGAGCUGAAGCCAUGGCUGGUAGAUGACUGGGACUUGAUCACCAGGCAAAAGCAGCUCUUCUAUCUUCCUGCCAAGAAGAAUGUUGACUCCAUUUUAGAGGAUUAUGCCAACUACAAAAAGUCACGAGGAAAUACUGAUAACAAGGAGUAUGCAGUCAACGAAGUUGUGGCUGGAAUUAAAGAGUACUUCAAUGUCAUGCUGGGAACUCAGCUGCUGUACAAGUUUGAGAGACCCCAGUAUGCUGAAAUUCUAGCGGAUCACCCAGAUGCUCCAAUGUCCCAAGUCUACGGGGCCCCACACCUGCUGAGGUUGUUCGUACGGAUUGGAGCUAUGCUUGCUUACACUCCUCUUGAUGAGAAGAGUCUGGCUUUGCUGUUAAACUAUUUGCAUGACUUCUUAAAGUAUUUAGCAAAGAAUUCCUCCGCGCUGUUCAGCGCCAGCGACUACGAAGUGGCUCCCCCGGAGUACCAUCGGAAGGCGGUGUAGCACCGCGCUGCUCCGCAGUGACACGAUUAGCUGGAUCCUUGAUACACUGUCCACUGCCACGUCUUGUUCUUCACCUCUUGCACACGUCCCUUGCACAAGUCGUGUAAACGUCAAGUGAGCCAAGUUGUGUGUGUGACACGGAGCUGGCCUUUGCGAGUUCUGCUUUCUU